AUGCGAUUUCCUCCAAACUGGGCUGGGACACUGUCCCUUUUGACAUGUCUCUCCCCAACUCUUGCAUAUGAAGAUGACCUGGAAAAUGCCAACCACAUCUUCAACGCCAUUCAGUCCACCAUGAGACAUCAUGGUUCAGAAAUUAACUACAACGGCAUGUCAUUCUACCGCGCCACCGUGCCAAAAGGCACCAAAUUCUACCACGGAACAGGCCUCAAAGACCCAAUCCAAGGAAUGGAGUGGCUCGCUUUCAAGCCCGAGCACUCCCUAGGCUUCGCCCACCGCAGCGGCAACAAGUUCUUCGCAAAGAAAGAUCUACAGCAACCUCUUGACGAGUUUACAGCCUCGGAUCAGGAUGGAAACGGGUACCUGCAUACCUACGCGGCCGCCAGGGAUUUACGCUUGCUGUACGUCGAUGGUAUGUCGGCUGGUCCUGGUGAUGGGAAGGAAUCUCAGGAUCGCAUCCUGUACAACAACACCAUCACUGGGGAUCAGCCAGUCGGAGGUCCUAAGAUUGGAGGACCACCCCAGGAGCAACAGAGGGCGAUUGAGGCUUGUCGGAUGGCGAAGGAGGACUGGGAUGAUAGGAUAGAUGGGAUUGUUCGCACGGAGGGUGAUUUUGAGAUCAUUCUGUGUAACUUUGACCGUGAUCUUGAUGUCGUGCAUAUUACUCAGACAAAGCCUCAGGAAUAUUCGGGUCAUCCAGGCCCCGGUGGGCCUGGGGGUGGGAAAGGGAGAAAAGGCCAUGGUCCCGGUCCGGGUGGCAGAGGACCUCGAUCCGGGAUUAAAUAUUGGUCACUGGCUGCACGCUUCGAUGAACGUCUUGGAAAGAAAGUUCAAGUUGACUUGGAUGACUUCGUUUCGGCUUAUACAUACGGCCUGGAUCUCUUUCCCGGCGACGGCUCCGUUCCGACAGUGAGCCAUAUCCCAGUUGAAGACCUCCAACCGAUCAGGAAAGAUGUCUUCAAGAUGCUUAAUACCUGGAAUACAUCUAUCGAUGCAUUCGACUGGCAGGCCGUCGCGGAUGCGAUUGUAUUUCUGUAUUCUGACGAGCUGAAGACUCUGGCCACCGGGAAUUUUACGUCAGCGAAAGAGAUGCGUGAUCGAAUUGAAGGUCUCAUGGAGCCAUUCGUUGAUUACCGGGACUUUUAUAAUGGCGAGGUCAUUAUACACCGCUGUGCAGCGGAGUGGAUUCCUCAUUCGGCUCCUGUUGGUUCAUUGGGUGGCAAUGCUGUGCGAUCUGUUGCCCGGUCUGUCUGCUCUACUCUGGUCUCAGUAUUGAUGGAUGAACAAGAUCUUGAAACCUCGGUGAAAAUAUUUAAAGAUCUGGUCUCCUACCUACAGUGGACAACAUGGGCAGAGGAUGAGUGA